CGGGCCGGGACCAGGCGGCGGCUCGCGGAGGCGCUUCCUGAGCGUGACGCGCGGACUCGGCUCCCCAGUGGCCCGCCCGCCCGCCGGCCUUACCGCCGCCUCCCUCGUUCCCUGAGCGCGCCGUGCGCAGGCCAGCGGCCGGGGCGGAGGCCCAGGACGACGCGGCGCGGAGAGGGACGGCGGGCGGGCGGGCAGUGGGAGCGCCGGUCUCUAUAUGGCGGCGGCUCUGUCGGGCCUGGCUGUCCGGCUCUCGCGCUCGGCCGCCGCCCGCUCCUAUGGGGUCUUCUGCAAGGGGUUGACCCGCACACUGCUUAUCUUCUUCGACCUGGCCUGGCGACUGCGCAUCAACUUCCCCUACCUCUACAUCGUGGCUUCCAUGAUGCUCAACGUGCGCCUGCAGGUUCAUAUUGAGAUCCACUGAAGGCCCUUCCCUGAUUGAAAAAGGUGUCACCCCAGGCUCACUGCAUCAAAGAACACAAAGCAUGAGGGACGGAGGAGGGACCCUCAGCACCUGCCUGACAGAAGCAAAGGGGGAGG